AUGAUCCUGAUCAAGCGUAUACCGCAUCACUGCCGAGUUCAUCCCACCCAUGCUCAGCCACUCAUCCAUGUGCCCAAGGCGUACAGGGCAGACUACCACCUUAGGGUCAGAUGGUACUCCGAUAAGUCAGAGAGCGAUCCCCGAUUAAGAGAUUUGGGUCGGCAGAUACAGGAUGAUUAUGCCCAAAUCAGAGAGAAUUAUGACACCCCAAAGAACCCAAUCGUUUUGGCUCACGGCCUUCUGGGGUUUGCAGAACUUCAGGUAGCCGGAGGCUGGUUGCCCUCAGUCCAUUACUGGCGUGGGAUAUCAGACGCUCUCAAGGCAAAUGGUGUCGAGGUCAUCACUGCCGCUGUGCCGCCCUCGGGGAGCAUCGAGGAGCGGGCCGAAAAGCUAGGGCAACACAUCGCCGAAGCAGCCCAGGGCAAGAGCGUCAAUAUCAUCGCUCACAGUAUGGGCGGCUUGGAUGCCAGACACAUGAUAUCCCACCUGCAACCGAAGGACGUUGAUGUGUGCUCUCUUGUCACGGUUGCAACGCCUCACCAUGGAAGCGCCUUUGCAGACUUCGUUUUCAAUGAAAUUGGUGCCGAGCGGUUGCCAAGCGUUUAUAAGAUCCUGGAGGGUGUUGGGUUCUCAACCGGCGCAUUCUCUCAACUAACACGGGAGUAUGCCACAAAGGAGUUCAAUCCCAAGACAGUCGAUGACGCCAACGUACGAUAUUUCUCUUACGGAGCCAUGAUGGACCAGCCAUCAUUACUGAGUCCCUUUCGUCAAUCACACAGCAUUCUGCAAGACGCCGAAGGACCCAAUGAUGGGCUGGUGAGCGUCAACUCCAGCAGAUGGGGCGAAUACAAAGGGACCCUCGUCGGUGUAAGCCACCUCGACCUGAUCAACUGGACAAACCGGCUAAGAUGGACGAUGCGAAAACUUUGGCUGGGGAAGGAUCCUACAUUCAAUGCGAUUGCUUUUUAUCUGGAUAUAGCAGACAUGCUCGCAAAAGAAGGUCUAUAG